UUGAAAGUAUGCUAAACUCCAGACCAAUAACACCGUUGUCAUCAGACCCAAAUAACCCGGCUGCCCUCACAUCAGGACACUUCUUAAUAGGAGAACCGCUAACAGCCCUUCCAAGUAGGUCAGAAACUACAACCAAACAAUCGCUUUUAACCAGGUGGAAGCAGGUGAAUCAUCUAAAAAACGAGUUCUGGUCAAGAUGGUCAAAGGAGUAUCUUAAUGAGCUACAGUGUCGCACUAAAUGGAAGGACCAAUCACCUGACGUCAAAGAAGGAAUGCUGGUAAUCAUUCAAGAAGACAACGCUCCUCCGCUUCAAUGGCCUCUGGGCAGAAUCAUCAAAUGCUAUUCCGGUAAUGAUGGAAGAAUCAGAGUUGUAGAUGUCAAAACGAAAAACGGGAUUUGGAAGCGUCCAAUACAUCGGCUAGCAACAUUAUUGCCGGAAGAUUGUUCAACCCCCAUGAUGCAACUUGAUAGAUGUGAUGAAGAAAAGCCUAAAAAACGAGCAAAACUCAACAUCAACUUGCUAGCCAUUGCAUUGCUGGUACUAUUAUGGAUACCACUCAUAUCAGGGUUAGGUAUCACAAUAAAAUCAUUUAAUAACACACCAGGCAUUCAUUUCGAACACAAAGGAGUCAUCAAAAGAUCACAAGCAGAAUGGAAAAUCAUAGCAUAUUAUGACUUAAGUCCAUUGCAGCAGGAGUUUGAAUUCAUUGAAAAUGGAACCGAAUCCUUAGCGAACGUGUGUAAGUUGAUGAAUGGUGUAGCGUGCAUAAGCAUACACUAUCAUCUUAUAAAUGAGGUUACUACAAUGAGGGAACAUCUCAGGUCAACAAUGCAGUUGCCGGUUAACAUGAGCAACAUUUCUGAGCUAUAUUCUCUUAUGACAGUCAGCAGCGGUUUAGUUGAUACUAAAAUGUUGUUUCAAAUAAGUCUACCACUAAUCAAUGAUCAGUCCUUUGAUUUAUUCGUUGUUAUUCCCGUUCCAGGGAUCAUAAACGGAGAAUACGUGACAAUCACACCAUGCACGUCUAUGAUGGCAUUCAAUACUCAUAGGAAUGGAUACUUUCCGAUUUCAGAAAUACAGUUGUCACAAUGUGUGUCUUCAAAAAAUGAUGUCUUCAUCUGUUCAGAUACGCAAGAAAUAUAUUCUCUUGAAUCAGGCAAGUGCACUUGCGAAGUAAAUCUAUUUAAUAAUAGUACAUCAUCUUGCAAUUGGUAAAGUUUCACAAGUAAUACCUUAUGGAUCCAGUCUGUUGCACAAAAUCAAUGGAUGUUCGUCGCAAGAAACCCUGUAAAGCUAAACGCAGUAUGUGACAAUG